CGGCGGCGAUGGCGGAGCAAAAAAACACCAAGUCGUGGUUCGGGCACCGCGUGGCGCCGUCGUCCGUACCCAACGUAGCGUCACCGCUCGUGACCGAGUCGGUCACCUAUGAUGGCCCGCCCCUCGUGCGACUCUUUAUGCAAGGCCAGCGAGAUCAAGUCGUGGCGCGCUUGGAGAGCGCAACAUCCGCGAUCGACCUCGCAGAUAUCCACAAUGAAGAAACGAUUCUCUCGGUCGCGUGCAAGGCCAAGCACUUGGAGGUGCUGCAACACGUCCUGACACAGCCAUCAGCAAAGUCAAUUCCCAACUACUCCUCGCUGCCGCUCUGUGCCGUGCAGAUUCGGGAUGCUAACGUCGUCGCCUUGGUCCUUCCGAUGAUGCAGGGCAUCGAUAUUAACGCAGCCGUGACACCAGCGGGCGAGACGCUGCUGCAUGUGGCAGUCAAGACGGGUGUCGUUGACGUUGUGACGUUGCUGCUCGACACGUACAAAGCGUCGGUCACGACAGCGACACGUUUGGGUGAUACGCCACUCCAUGAAGCAGUGCGAGUGUGCCACAGUCAUCUCGUGCCGAUUCUAGUGGCAGCCGGCGCGGACGUCGAUGCCACAAACAACGCGGGCGAGACGGCGCUUGGCCUCGCCGCGACAUUUCCCAGCAGCAUCCGAGUGCAGCAGACGAUGCAGCAGCUGCUCAUGGCCAACGCCACCAUCGACACGACAGACGAGGAGAACGUCGAGCUCAUGAGCGAAGUGGCUUUUCGCAUUGACCACCCAUUGCACUGUUUGGCGCGCAAUGGAGACGUCCGCGGACUGUGCCGCCGUCUCGGCAUCCAUUCCAGCAGCGGCGACAACUGGGAGCCGUGGCGUGUCGUCUCGGCCACCGAGGACUUUAGCGCGCCGUCGUUCACGCUGAGCCUCCAGCUCUUUCCGUUUGAGAACAAAGGCGAUGACGACGGCGCGUCGGUCGCUCUCUUGGGCCUUGAGUUCACAUCCGUCACGGCGCCAACGUACUAUGGUGUUAUGCGUGGGUCCACGAUUUCGCUCACCCGCGUCACCGAGACGGGCGAGACCGUGUACGUCGGAACGUACGCCGACGGGCGGGUGUAUCUACAGGAAGUCGACGGCGUCAGCGAGUGUGUGCUGGUCGCGCCCCCAUGGCUCCCCAAAAAAGACUUGCCCGCGUCCAGGAGCGCCCGGCUCACGCCGGCGACAUUGGACGCCGCGCACGCACGGCUCGUCGACGCGCGCUCUGACGUUGCGGCGUCCUUGACCUGCCGCGAUGUGGGUGGUCGCACCGUGCUGAUGCACGCUGUCAAGCAAGCCCGGCUUCACGUCGUCCAGGCGCUGCUACCCUAUUCGUCGAUGGAUCAAUUCGUCGAGAUGCGCGAUGCGAAAGAAAAAUCGAUGCUCGAUCACGCGAUCCAGGGCGUACGUGGCGUGAACAGGCAGCGACGAAAUGUGAACCACGAGGCGCUUCGGCUGCUGACGUACUUGACGCAGUUUACGCAGUCGCGUCUCGUCGACGCUCCAUCGCUCGUGCACGCAUCCCCGAAGAAGACGCUGCAACAAUUCGAAGAUUACCUCGAUGGCUACCGCUGGGAGGAGCUCGAAAUGCUGUUGGCCAUCACGCCCAACCUCUUCGAAGCAGCUGCGACACCCGACUUGGCCGCCAAAACGCUCUCUCGGAUCUGUGAGUUUGGUCACGUGCGUCAUCUCGAGCUGGUGCUAUCGCAAGAUCCACCCGUGGACCUCAACGCGCCGCCGGAACAAGGUGUCGGGUCGCCCCUUGCCAUCGCGAUUUUGAACCACCACAGCGACAUCGCGCUGUGCCUCUUGAAGGCUGGGGCAUUGCCGACACCCGUGCUCACCGAGCAUGCGUCGGACGCGGAGAGGACAGAGCUCGAGUCGGCACCCCUUGUUCGCGACUGUGUGACCUUCCACGCAGAGAAGGAGGUGCUGCAGCGCGACUACCCCGAGUACGUCAACGUUGGCGUGGUCGACAUCCAAGACAUAGGUGCCACCAAGAAGGCUAAGAUGACGCUCGUGCAUGUCGCGGUCUUACACGGGCCAGACCCGAGUGUUUUCGAGCGCAUUACGGACUGUCGAAGUCUUUUAAACCACCGCGACGCCGAUAGCAAGACGCCGCUGAUCCUCGCCGCGGAGCGUGGCAAGCAAGCUUUUGUCGUCGCCCUCAUCGAGCUCGGCGCGCGCACCGACAUGCGCACGCGGUAUGGCGAGACAGCGCUCUCGAUCGCCGCCCUCUACUGCCACGUGGCCGUCGUCGAAGUGCUCCUCGUACACAUGAACAACAUUGGCGUCACCAACAAACGCGGCGAAACGGCACUGGAUGUGAUGGAGCGCGCGUUGGACAUCGACGGCGACAAGGGUCCGAACCACAAUACCCGGCGGCACAUUCGCGACUUGAUCUUUUCGGAAAUGGAGCGUCGCAAAUCGGCGACGUACCGAGCGACCUUUGCCGCGCGAUUGGCCAACAUCCCUACGGACGAAGCGCUCAACUCGGACUGGUUCCAUAGCGCGAUCCUGUACGACGGGGACCUUGGCCGCAGCAUUUUGAACGGUUGCGCCCGUCUCGUGAGCCGCCAUAUGGAGACGGUCAACGGCGUGAGCGACACCAAGAGCAGCGUGCUGCACCUUUUGCUUGAGCUCCCGAGCGGGUCACAGGCGCAGAAAAUGUGCCUCGAGCACGUGGCCAUUACGCGACUGCUGCAAAUCAAGUGGGAGCUCAGCGGACGCCGCGUGUACACGGAGCAACUCCUUCUCAAUACGCGCCUCGUCCUCACCUCGGUCAUGGCGACGCUGCUCUCGCCCGGCACGGACUUUGAGAGCGUUCAAGUGUUUGCUGCCGUGACGCUCACGUCGCUCGUGCUCUGCGGCAUUGGCUAUCUCGGCGCCCAAGCACUACGUCCGCAACUGCUCUGGCGGCUCGCGCGGCUCUUCCACGACAGAUCGACCGCGCGCACCUUUGUCGUCAUGCCACAGCUGGCGGCCUACAAGCGCCGUGUGUACGCCGGCGUGCUCAUCGCCGUGGUCUGUCUCACGACCGCGAUCGCGGCGCCGCUCGUGUGGCAGCUCGGAAUCAACGGCCGCGACUGGUACCCGACGCUCAAUGCAAUCGCGCUCUGGUUGGCCGCGGCGUCGGGGCUCGUGCGCGAGCGCAACGAGAUGCGGUCGCGGACGUACUGGGCGUCCCCGCUCAACGUCGCCGAGUGUGCAGUCUUUACGACGCUCUUGAGCGUGUUUGUGCCCAUGCACCUCGGCUGGAUCGAGACGCAAUGGCAAAUCUACGUCGCGCUCGGCAGCUCAAUCUCGCUCAUCCUCGGUGUCGCGUCCGUCCAGUGCAUUGAAGUCGUUCUGAGCGCCGGGUACCUCCUCCCGAUCCUCUCAGACCUCCUCGGCGACGUGGGCAAUUUUUUCAUGUUCUUUGGCGUCUUCCAGCUCGCGCUCUCGGUGGCCUACUACCUCCUCUUUCUUCGAGUGAACGCGCCCAAGUUCAACACGCCCCCCCAGGCGUUCAUGACGACGUACUUUGUCGCGUUUGGCGCGCUACAGAUCGACGCACUUGCAGCAUUUGAUGCUACCACCGACCCGUACGGCGUUCUUUACUCGGUCACGGCGCUCAUCAUGAUGUGCCACUCGGGCGUCGUCGCCAUCUUGCUCUUGAACGUGCUCAUCGCUAUGAUGAGCCAGACCGUCAAUUGUCGACUCGAACGCGCACGCACGCAAGCCCUCGUCGGCUACGCACGCUGCGUUCUCCGGCUCGAGUCGUACCUCUCAGCAAGCGAUCGUAGCCACCUCAUGGACCUCUGGCCCACCGUGCGCAACCCCGUGUUUGCCGAGUCGGUUCGGAUGCGUGACCUUCCGCUGAGCGACGACGAGGCAGUGUCGGUGGUCGGUAAUGCGGCGCUGCGGCUCGCAUGGCAGUCAGCACUACGAACGCUCGAGGCAUCGCUCUACAAGCCGUUAAAUGACACCCAGAGAAUGCUCGAAGAACUGCCGAUCGCCGACGCCAAAACCCUAAGUGCACCGGACGUGCAUGUGCUCGGCCAAUUCAAAAAGCAAGUCGCUCUCGAGAUCGCGCGCGCCAUCGACUGCCGCUGUGGCACCGAAGCCGUCCUCUUUGCGGAUCUCAGCGUGCGCUUGCGAGCCCACGUAGAGGCGCUACAGGCGGUCGUCGCCCAUGCAUGGCGAGGCACGGCGCUGGACGAAGGAACGGCGCUCUUGCUGGACGAGCUCAGCGUGCCCAUAACGCCGCCAAGCCGCGCCCGCACCGAUUACAUGGUCUUCUUUGAGUUUGUUCACGGUGCGCGCUGCGACGAAGUCAUUCGCGACUCGAUCGGUGGAGCCAUCUUGACAGCUCUUGGCGCGCUGGCGGCGAGCGUGGGAAGCGCCCUCCAACUCCCUCUUGACAUCAACGAGGAGCAGGCGACCGAAGCCCACCGCCCAUCAUCAUCAUCGAUGCCUCCGCUUCGGGAGGACAGCGCAGACGGACCCCCGCCAAGCGCCCUUCGCAUUGCUGAAGCGACAACGCCAUGAUUGUAUCGCAAUUUCAUGCGAAAUAGUGUGCCAUUUUAUAUAGAAUUCUACAUGUACGCAUCGUGCUUGAUCA